GUUUCAUACACGCGUUUCUCUCUUCCACAUGGGUUUGAUUCAUUUUUACUGGGUUCUGUAUUUUACUUCAAAUUCACAAGCUUUUCGGCUAGUUGAUUUCUCUGGUUGAUGGGUUUUUUUAGGUUUGCCGUGUAGGAUUUGAGUUCACACCUUAGUCUCGUUGUCAAUUGUUGUUAUCUCUACUGUUUCUCCGAUUAGCUGUAAUUAAUGUUUCCUUCCUUAAUUCCGUCGUUUCCCACUUCUUUUUCUCUCUUAUGCUUACACAACAUGUUUACCCAUAUCAUCAUCACAAUCUUUCCUUCUACUUCCGUGUGUCAUCUUACUUCUUCUUCUUCUUCUUCAACCUCUGUAUUUCCUUUGUUUCAUUUCUGGGUUUCGCUUUAAUUUCCAACGCAUGAACCCUAGAUGCUUUAAUCUCCAAUUGUUUCUUCUCAAGUUUUGCUAAGAUCAGACAAAAUUGGUAUUCUAAUAUCUCGACCGAUGAAGUGCUUCUCAAUUUUCAAAGACAAAUCGAAGCCUUCCCGGGGAAAAUCUGCUCCGGAGUUGAAAACCCAAAUCUCAUCAUCAUCUAAGGAUACUCCGGUGGUAAAUAGGGCGACAAAGUCGGUCGGUGCGACGUCGUCUGUGACGAAAAGAGGUCCGGAAAUGUAUAGAGAGAAAAGGCAUAAUAAUUUGAAGGCAUUUUCUCUGGCUGAACUGAAGGAGGCUACUAAUGGUUUCAACAAGUUGUUAAAGAUAGGAGAAGGUGGUUUUGGGAGUGUGUAUAAAGGUUCAAUUAAUCCACCAGAUGGUAGUAAUGGAGAUCCAAUUAUUGUUGCCAUUAAAAAGCUUAGUUCUCAAAGUUUGCAGGGUCAUAAAGAAUGGCUGGCUGAAGUUAAAUUUCUUGGAAUAGUUGAGCAUCCAAAUCUUGUCAAACUUUUGGGAUUUUGUAUGGAAGAUGGUGGAAGAGGAAUUCACCGUUUGCUGGUAUAUGAAUACAUGCCCAACAAAAGCUUGGAACAUCAUCUCUUCAACAAGAACAUGCCAACUCUUUCGUGGAAAUUGAGGUUGCAAAUUAUGCUUGGUGCAGCCCAAGGACUGUCUUAUCUUCAUCAAGGAUGCGACAGACAGGUUAUAUAUAGAGAUUUCAAAUCAUCUAAUGUUUUGCUGGACCAAGAAUUUAGUCCUAAGCUUUCGGACUUUGGGCUGGCAAGAGAAGGUCCUGUUGGCGAACAUACCCAUGUUUCAACCGAUGUGGUUGGGACAAUUGGAUAUGCAGCCCCAGAAUAUGUAGAUACGGGUCAUCUGACAUCUAAGAGCGAUAUCUACAGUUUUGGAGUAGUCUUAUACGAGAUACUUUCGGGUAGAAGGACAGUUGAGAGAAACAGGCCGCCAUCUGAACAGAAACUCCUAGAAUGGGUGAAGCUUUAUCCAGUUGAGACAAGGAGCUUUGCUAUGAUAAUGGAUCCGAGGAUUAGAAACCAAUACCCACUAAGCUCGGCUAGACGGAUAGCCAAGUUAGCAGACAGUUGUUUAAAGAAAAAUGCGAAAGAUAGGCCCGAUAUGAAUGAGGUGGUUGAGUGCUUGAAACUGGCUAUAGAAGAGUCAGGAGAGGAUGAAUCAUUGUCUAGGUUAUCUCAAACUGCAGGACUUGUUUCGAGACAGAAGAAUGUGAUGGCUCGGCCUGGUGUAACCCCACAGAAGUUGCCUUUACCUCGGCCUAAGGAUUCGUUACCUGUUAAGGUUUAAUCGCCACAGAACUUGUUCUUAUUUUUAGCAUAAUGGAUGGGGAAGUUGGAUUGUUGUAAAGUGAGGAAACAAGAUUGAGAGUGCAAUAUUAUUGCUCAGGGAGAUUUGGGAUGAAUUCAAAUUUUGUUUCAUAUAAUAAAUUCCAGAAAUUAAUA